AUGCCCCGAUCUGGCGUCUCCAUGAAAGCCAUCCAGUGCCGAGAGACCAGGCUCCCUCUGCGUAUCAAGGGGGAGGCAAUGGGCCCCAAGCUACUUUUCAACUUUGAUCAGCUGGAUGUUGGGAAAAUUUUUGUUGGAUCAGACCACAGUUAUGAGGCCAUCUUAUCUAACCAAGGAGCUAUUGAUGCCCUCUUCAACCUGAUGUGGCCCUCCACUGUGCUGGGUGCCUGUUUUACCUUUCAGCCCAGCGAAGGAAUCAUUGUGCCAGGUGGCCAUCAGGCCAUUCACAUUACUUUCAGCUCCACUGUCCUGGGUCACUUCUUUGAAGAGUUUAAGUUCAAUGUGAACGGAUCUCCCCAGCCUGUGAUCUUAGUGAUUCGGGGCUGUGUCAUCGGACCAACAUUUCAUUUCAGUGUCCCAUCCCUCAAUUUUGGGGAUGUCUCCUUCGGUUUCCCUCAAACUCUGUCCUGCUGCCUCAGCAACACUUCAUUGGUGCCCAUGACUUUCAGCCUCCGUGUCCCAGGAGAUGGUAAUGGAGAGCCAAGUAUUAGGAGUCAAGAUCAAGCCUCUGACAUCUCAAAGCUAACAUGGAGAAAGGCAUCAUUUGCAUCUGCAAGGCCCAAGGAAUUUACCAUCUCUCCCAGCCAUGGUACCAUUCGCUCACAAGGAUUUCUGGACAUUGAGGUGACCAUAUGUUCAAACACAGUGAAGAUAUAUGAAACUGCUCUGGUAGUGGAUGUAAAGGGUAGUGGUGAAGAUGUACUAGCACUUCCAAUUUCAGCAAGAUGCUUCACACCUCCACUAUAUGUGGCUAAUCCUGUUGUGAAUUUUGGACGUUGUUUCCUGAAAUUUCAAUAUCAACAAAUGGCAAAACUUGUUAACAACAGUGACCUUCCAGGAUGCUAUGGUGUUCUUCGCCAGGAAUAUGAGAAGUCCCCUACCAUCUUGUAUUCAAGUCCAGUGCCUUGCGGUAUUAUUCCACCUCGUGCCACAGUUGAAAUCCCAUUAACUUUGAAAGUUGAGGAAAAAGGACACCAGGAAACAGUGGCCUACAUAGCUGUCUUUGGGAAUGAAGACUUCCCACUGAAAAUCCAACUCGGGUCUUUUGGAGAAGGUCCUGUUGUUUAUGUGCACCCUGCUAAGAUAGAUUUUGGCUGCAUCCAGGUUUUAAAGGAUGUUUCCAGGACACUUUGUCUUUCAAAUCAGUCUGUUAUUCCUGCACCAUUUAAGGCACAUAUGGCUCGUGCUCCUUCACUCUGGAGAAUUGAGCCCAGUGAAGGGAUUAUUCCUCCAGAGGUGGAAAUGUCACUUACUCUAAUAGUUAAUUUGGAUGAUACUGUACUGUUUCAGGACAAAAUCAGCCUGGCUAUAGAGAACAGUAAUUCCUAUAUUAUUCCAGUCCAGGCCACAGGCAUUGGAACUACGAUUGUCACAGACAAGCCAUUUGCUCCUGCCAUCAAUCUGGGACCCCAUUUCAGUUUGGACCCAUGCUGCUAUCGUUUCAAAAUAACCAACUAUGGGCGUCGCACCCAUCAGCUUUACUGGAUGACUGAAGGUUUUGCCCCAUUUCGCCAGCGCAACACGCUCCCUGCCGUCAGCGCUAACAUGAAGAACCAAACCUUUCACCCAAAGGCAGAACUGCAGGGUCCUGUGUUCAAGCUUCAGCCACUGAGAAUGGAACUGACCCCAGGAAAGAGUAUGGACAUGGUCCUGGAAGGAUCUUCUGACAUUCCCAAGUUGGUAAAGGAAAGAUUGCUGUGCCAUGCGAUCAUAGGGAAGCAGUCUGGAAAAGAAUGUAUCCUGAAGGUUGAUGUCACUUGUGAAUUCAUUGCCCCAAUUCUACAGAUUUCCUCCAGAGCAGUUACUUUCCGCGUGGAGAAGGUGAGUGUUUGGAUACUAAGACUUCCUGCUGACAUUUGGCAUAAGAUUAGCCAAAAGAAUGGAGCUUUGUGAGCUGGCUCCCUCUAGGAGAUUUGAAUUCAGAGUCCUUUGAGAACUUGCCCGUGUCAGAGGAGGGUCACUAAGAUACUUUUAUUAUGGCUUCUUCCCUUCCUUAUCUCAGUUACUGAUACUCUUGCUUGUCUGGCUGCCAAACAAAGCCUUUAGCUCACAAAGUUCCACUGUCCAGUAUCUGCAUUUCUUUAGACACAACACAUUCCAUUUUCUCCCAGGUUGGAAUCUGUGGAUUUGACAGGCUCUACUCCAUUCCACAUUAACCAAGGGAUGUUGUCUCCA